CAGCUCAGUGAGUAGUUUUUUCUGUCAUUUCGGUUUGAUUCCUUCGUCUCUCUCUCUCUCUCUCUCUCAACAAACACAAACAAGGUGUUUUCAUUUACUGAUGAAGAUGCAAAGUUCAAAAUCUUUUGGGAGAAAACGUGAAGAAUGGUCAUACACUAAGAACCUUUCAUCUUCUGACAAGAUAAGUAGUGACACUGUUUUGAAACGGAGAAAGGUGAAUAAAGCAUUAACAAUUUUUAGGGACUUAUCACACAAACUCUAUUGUGAAUACAAGUCAAACCAACCUGUAAAAUUGAAAGCAAAAUUAAGGGCUUUGGCCGAAGCUACGAGGUUUAUGAAAGCGAAACGUCAAUGGGAAAACACCGGAAAAAGAUUAGGGCAUGUAGAUGGAAUUGAAGUUGGUGACCAAUUUCAAUAUAGGGCCGAACUUAUUGUAAUCGGUCUCCAUCAACAACACUGUUGUGGUAUUGAUUAUUUGGGUAAAGGGGAGAAUUCUUUGGCAACCAGCAUUGUUGUAACUCAUAGAUAUGCUAAUGUUAUGAAGUCUUCAGGUUGUUUGCUUUAUGAAGGUCAUGGCGGUAACCCUAAUAUAAGGGACAGCGUUGCGCCUCAUGAUCAGAAAUUGGCGCGCGGAAAUCUUGCUUUGUGGAAUAGUAUGAAUGCUGGGAGUCCUGUUAGGGUUAUAUUGCAGGUUUCUGAAAAAUGUGAAGUGAUGGAAGAGUUGAGCAACAAUGUUUCUUAUUCAUACAUAUAUGAUGGGUUGUAUUUUGUGGACAAUGUGACUCGAGUAAGAGGACAAUUUGGAAAACUUGUUUUCAAGUUUGUGCUUAAGAAAAUGUCCAACCAACCUGCUAGUGUUUCCCCUGGAGAUGUUAUGGAAUCCAAAACUUUCGUAAAGAGACAAAAGUCUAAAGGUCUUGUUCUCUCCAAGGAAGUUGUUCGAAUCAAUGAUAUUUCGGAGGGCAAAGAAAAGCUUCCUAUUCGGGUGGUGACACCUGUAAGCUAUGUGGAGAUACCUAAACCCUUCGGUUACCUAGUCAAUAUGACUUAUCCAAAGAUGAAUCGUUCAAUGCUAGGUGGUGGAUGUAAUUGUGCGAAUGCAUGUGUUGAUUGUCUUGAAUGUGUUUGCAUAGCUAAGAAUGGUGGGACAUUAGCCUAUGAUGGUAACAGAAAACUUGUUUCUCCUAUGAAAUCAUCCUUUAUAUAUGAGUGUGGCUCUUCUUGCUUGUGUUCGUCGUCUUGCAUCAACCGAGUGAGUCAAUCCGGUAUUCAUUUCCAACUUGAAAUCUUCAAAACAAAAUCGAAGGGGUGGGGUGUUCGAACACGCUCUUUCAUUCCAUCCGGAAGCUUUGUGUGUGAGCUCAUUGGAGAAGUUGUUCAUCUCAACAACCAAAAAGUUGGAUCAAAUCUACAUGUUGAUGACUAUAUAAUUAAUAUAGGUGCUUCUGGCAAGGGCUGCAUUGAUGCAACUAGGCAUGGAAACAUAGGAAGGUUUAUAAAUCAUAGCUGUUCUCCUAACCUAUGUGUGAAAGAUGUUAUGUAUGAUCACAGUGAUAAGAGUUUACCCCACAAAAUGUUGUUUGCUACAAAGGACAUACCCGCAGGUAGAGAGCUGAGUUAUGAUUACAAUUGCUGUAAGGUGAAUUUCAAGGUUUUGAGUAAAAUUUGCUACUGUGGUUCAUUGGAAUGCAAUGGACAAAUAUAUAUUGAAGGGCAACGGUAUGAUGGGCGCUUAAUGAAGAACUUGGAUUUUAAGAACCAGCAAUUAGGGUGUAUAUAAUGCUGAUUUAGAUGUCUAAUUACUCUAGUCAUAUUUUGAAUUUUGGAUUUUAUUCAUUUAUUUGUUUGUUUAUGCAUUAGGAUUAACACAGGCCUGGGGUUUUAAUGUUGGCAGGGUCUAACUAUUAUGUAAUAGGAUUAUAAUUAGUACCUCUUAAAAAAGGAUUAUAAUUAAUAUAAUGGAAAUAUU